AUGAUUCCCUUUCCCGUGGAUGAUGAACCGGGCGCGUUUGGCUGCUUGACUGCGCUUAUCGUGCCAAGAAUGCUUGCACAGCAUGCCUUGACCCCCGACAGCUUUGUGGAUGAAAGGGUCUGCCGACACGGGAUCUCCUUGCACUCCCCAGCGGUUUGCCAGUUUAGGAUGCCUCGGGCCGACAAAUACGUCCUCGUCGCAAAGAUUGAUGUGCGCGGAGAAGCUGGUAUGGAGCUUAUCUAUGGCUGUACCUUCGUGGGGCAGACGAGCAGGGAUUGGAGGCGCCAACCAGUGGGCUCACCAAACAUCUUCGAUCGCUUCGAGGUGAAGCCCAGCAAGCCAGCCUAUGAGAUCGGUGAGACCGUGCACUUGGAGGUGUGGAACCCAUUGGCGGUGAAGUCCCGACUGCUCAUCAUUUGGGGCGAUCAGCCUGCUGUCCUCGAUGUCGAGAAUGUUACUGACAGCCAAAAAGUCUCACUUGGCACCAUGAAGGAGCAGGACUGCCCAAUGCCACUGUGCCAGGUUCACGUCUUUGCCUGCAGCACGGAAGACCCGAGCUCGAUCUUCAACAAUGUUCCGCACUCUGUUCACUACCCCCAGGCUGCACCCAUAUGGGCGCAUCAGGAGGUCAAGCUGCACAUCUCCCGGCCAAGCAGUGCCUUGAAGGUGCAGGUUGCUCCGAAUGUCGCCAGCACAGCUCCUGGUAGCGAUGUUGAAAUCGAGGUGAAGGUCAGCCAGGCGGGGCAGGCAGAGGUGGCAGUUAUGGUGGUCGACAAGGCUUGGCUGGACUUGCGCCCAUCGAAGCUGCAAGAUCCCCUGAAGGCUUUUGAGCCCAGCGAGAUCGAAGCCCGUGGACCACAGUGGCACAUCGUGACCUCUCUUGACGGCAUUUCCUCCGGGGAUGCGCUCGGGAAGGCCACAGAGAUUGUCCGACAGCGGUUGGAGCAGAACCCAUGGAUGGGCUUCCUGAGCUGGCCCAUCUCGUUGCGCCGCGCAGAUAAGUCGGAGCUGGACGACGAUGACUACCUGGAACGCUGGGGACAGGAGUUGACGGCGUUCCCUCGUUCUCCCUUGGUUGAGGAGUUUGCUUACAGAAGCCGGGGUGGACCAUUGAUGAUGGCAAAGGGAAUGGCGGCACCCAUGGCUCUCAUGGAGAGUGCUCCUGUGCCAGCGAUGGCCGAAGCCGACAUGGCCAUGGACGACAUGGCCGAGGGUACACCAGAAGCUGAAGAGACGGGAUCUGGCAGAAGCCAAGUUGUGCUCCGGAAGCGGUUCGCCAAGUUGGUCGCAUUGAAUCGAGCGCUUCUCGAACCUGGUAUCAACUCCUGGACAACUCGAGUUCGGCUGCCUCAGGACUUGUCCACAUACGUGAUUCGGGUGGUCGCCGUGUCCCGCGAGGACACUGGCACGUGGUCUUGGGGCGUUGCCGAAUCCUCUGUGCAGACUUUGCAGCCGGUGUAUGGCAAGCCAUUGCUGCCGCGGGUCCUGCGCUUCAUGGAUGUUUGCCGAAUGGGUGUGUCGAUCCAGGCUGCCAUCGAUGACAUCGGUGGGCCAUCCCGCCCCCUUCUUGUGGAAGCCGUCAACGUGCAGAACCUUCGGCUUCUGGAGAAGGCAGAGCAGACCAUCACGAUGACCUCAACCUCUACUGAGGUGCGCUUCACCUUUGCGUCAGACGUCUCUGUGGGUCCAGCCUAUGUCGUCUUCAACAUCAAGGAUGCUUUUUCAAACUCCACCCUGGACGCCGUGGCAGCAAACAUCGAUGUGGAGGUGCAGCAGCAGGGAUUGCGCAUGGCCUCAACGACAAGCAUCAGGGCCAAUCCCUCGCAGGGCUCCGUGCGCAAGGAGGCAGUUGCACCUCUGAACGCUGUUCCCGGAUCUGGUGAGAUGUCCUUCUCGGCGUCUGUUGGUUUUCAGGCCCCGCUCCUCGCUGCCUUGUUGGAGUUGGCACCGCGGUCCUACGAGCAAUGGCAGCCACUGGGCGAAGACAUCCUGGCGUUGCUGCUUGGGGGCCUUGUCCUGCAUGUGGGAUAUGGUCUCGAGGCUUCGCACGAAGGCCUUGCCGCCGCCAUCGCUGCUGCUGAGCAGAGGCUGCCCAGACACGUUGUCGCGGAUCUUGGAAUGGUGAACGCACCGCCGGAGCAGCGAUCAUGGCGAGGAGGAACAGAGCCCGACCUGCUCCUCAAUAGCCUGGCUUUGCUCACGACGCGAGCGGCCCGAGCUCUUGGCCUCGUGCCGGCAAGUUGGGCACCAUUGGAUGAAGGAGUUCUCUUGAAUGCUGCACAGCAGGCCUUGCAGACUCAGCAGCAAGACUGGAUGAGGUGUUGCCAGCGUGACAUGUCUUUCGUCAGCUAUAUCGGUCCAUGGCACCUGGCCGUGUUCUUCCUGGCGUAUCCUCCUGCCCAAUCCAGGAAAGAUCUUCAACCUCUUUGGGAGGAGUUACUUCGCACGGCCAUCACUGGUGACAAAGGCAGUGAGCUCGACAUCCUGACACGCAUUGCCUCAGCGGAGCUAGGCCGCGGCCUGGUGCCUGCCUUUGGUGCAGACCGCCGUGCCUACGCGACUGCUGAAGCUUUGCUGGGUCGCAUACGAGUACAGGGCCCCACAGCAUACGUUGCCGAAGCAGAAGGAGGCAUGCAUUCUGCCAGCCGAUGGAUUCAGUCGCUCUCGUUGUGGCUUUGGUCCGGCCUGCCAAAGUAUGCUGAGAAUCCCAUGACACCGCUAGUGGCAAGCCAGCUUCUCUCGGCCGACCGGAGCCCUUGGCAACGCAGCCUGCCUCCAAGGGACCUCAUCAUGGCCUCGGUGAGCCUUCUCGCGUUCGAUGCCGCAUCAGGGUCUUCAACUGAAGCGGACAUUCCACUUCAAAUCAUGGCACAAGCCGACACCCUGCUUAAUGUCGAGCUUCGGUCGACGCCUCCCAAGCUGCUGACAGUUUGGACGGCCUGGCCCUGGAGUGAGCUUCCCGACACGCUUCCAAAGAGCGGCAUGGACCUGGAAAUCCAGGUUGGUGCGGGGAGUGGCCUGGCCAUUGUGAGCUAUGCCAUCGACCUCAUCCCCGUGAAGCCCUUCGUGGAGCCCCAGUUCAAAGGCAUCAUGGUGCAGAAAAUCGUCCAGAAGCUGGAUACUGGUGGUCGCUGCCACGGACCUGCUGUUCACGUUGCCAAACCCGGACAGCUACUUUGCGUCACCAUUCAGGUAACAUCUCCAGAUGAUUUGCACGACGUUGAGGUCAUGGACCUCGUUUCGGCGGGCCUGGAGCCUUUGGACGAAAACUUAGCUGCGGGAGCUGCCGUGGCUGGUGAAGAUCCUUCAGGUGACAAUGACUUUGUCUGGGGCUUGCUGUUGGGCCGGUCCUGGCAGCGAACAGUAAGAAGAGAUUCUGUACGCUGGCAAAGCACAUACAUGUGGGGUGGCACGCACACAUUGUCCUUCAACUGCAUUGCGAACGCGCCGGGUGUGUACUCUCUGCCUGCGACGAAAGCCCAUUCCGUGAAGUUUCCGGAGGUGAUGGGUUUCAGCGGAGCUGCCUCAUUUCUGGUGGAGGACACAGCCGACAGUCCGAAUGCAGUGUCUGCGCCCAUGCUGCAACAGUUUCGCAAGAAGGUCGGUGCAGCGUACCAGGUGGAUCUUGGACUCCUUGGAAUGGCUCCUGGAGUCUCAUCCAUGCUCCCUGUGGCGUGCCCUCAGGCUUGCCCUGCAGCUGGAAGCUGCAACCUGGCAAAGGGCAUCUGCGAAUGUGCCUCCUCGUCUGGGGAUCUUCUCCCAUGCGAGGAUCUGUCCUCGCAGGAGCCUGUCCGACCCAAUCCAGAAGCGCCCUUGCAUACAGGACACCAGGUUCAAGGGCCAGGGCCGCCAGGGCCAGCACGCCCGGAGGUUCCUGAGACUUUUGAUGCUUCCCAAUCCAAAGUGGUGAUCUCCGGGCUGCUGCUC